AUGGAAUUUAAAACCAACCAGUCUGUUGGUGAUGUUGUCCCUAAUUGGACAGCUCGUGCUAAUCCUUCUACCAAACCAGAAUAUAAUAUACUUCAUGGUCAAUAUUGUCGGCUCGAGCUAUUUACUCCAACAACUAGUAGCACUGCUAUUCAACAACUAUACGAUGCGUUCAAACCGACUGAACAAACUCAUUUCACCUACUUGUACUAUGGGCCGUUUGAAACAGUCAAUGAAUUUGCACAGUUCCUGCAUACAUUAUUAGAGCCAAGUAACAACACCGUCGUAUAUUUCAUCAUAGUAAAUGAGAUAGCCGUAGGAUUUAUCACCUAUUUGAGAGUUAAUGAAAACCAUGGCUCGAUUGAGAUUGGUCACGUCAAUUUCAGUCAACAAUUAGCACGCACUCGACAAGCUACCGAAGCAAGUUUUUUACUAAUGCAAUAUGCUUUCGAUUCACUUGGUUAUAGACGAGUGGAAUGGACGUGUGAUCCUCUAAAUAGAAAAUCGUAUCGAGCAUCACUACGACUAGGUUUUCAAUAUGAGGGUACAUGGCUCAAAAUGGGAAUUUGUAAAGGUCGAUCGGCUGAUUUAUCAUGGUUUAGUAUUGUGGAUGACGAAUGGCCACAUGUUAAAUACGAAAUACAGCGGUGGCUAAAUCCAACUAAUUUCGAUACAAGUGGUCAACAACUAACGACAUUGAAUAGUGCACAAACAAAUCCACGUAACAAAAAAACUACCGAUUCGAAUCAAUGA